CAAGACUCAAGAGAAGACUACACCCAUGCAGUCCCACUAGGUCUCUUUCACACGUGUGGCAAAUUCUAAUACUGAGACAAUCGCAAUGUCUGUGAACGUGAGUGAAGCUCAUCUGUCAGAAGCUGUUACUGAGACUGGGGCUGGAGCAGAACUAGAAGCUGAAGCCUCCGAGGUUCUACAUGAACCAGACUUUUGCCUGGAGAUCCUCCCUCUGAUAAAGGAGGCUCAGAAUCAGCAUGGACUGCGUCAUGGAGAUUAUCAACGAUACAGGAUGUAUUGCAGUCGCCGGCUGAAGAGAAUAAGAAAGUCCCUCGGCUUCACUCAGAAUCACAGGAACAGAUUUCAAAAGAAACACAUCACCGUUGAUAAGAUCACGGAUAUCAGGUACCUUUACAUUCCCCUUGUGUGUGCUGAGAGAUGUUGGGCAAUGGCUAUGGAGAUCAAACAAGAAGCCAACACGGAACCGAGGAAGAGGUUCCAUCUGCUCAGACGACUAAAUCGAGCGGGGAAGUACGCCCGGGAACUGAUGGAGCUGUGUGAGGGAUGCGUCCGAUGUGACGCUCGUACCAAACUAGAGGUGCAAGCCUACCAGCUGUGGAUGUUGGGAAACAUACAGUUUGAGAAGCAGUGCUGGCCGGAAGCUUUGGAAGCUUAUGGACAGUGCCAAACCAUUUACCAGAAGCUGGGAGGUGCUGUAUCCGAGGAGCAGAAGCAGCAGUACACAGGGAGAGUGGAGGAAAUGUCCCCAAGCAUCCGUUACUGUGCCUACAAUAUCGGGGACCUGCCCACGGACGUUAAAGAGCUACAGAAGUUGAAGACAGACGCAGCUGGCUCCGAUAUCCUAGCCUCAAAGAUUGAUCUUGUUCUGGCCAAGACCCAAGAGAAAGCUGCCUCUUCUCUGACUGAGGUCACCUGGCUCGGACAGAAGGUGCCCGUACGCAGCGAGAAGGUUCGUGUGAGUCUAGUCCGCCUACAACAAGUUGAGGGGGAGUUGGUAAGUGGGGGAGACAAGAUGGAGGUGUACGAGAGGUUGCUCAUGGAGUGUCAGGAUGCCCUGCAGGUCACCAGAGAGGAGCUGAGCUCAGAGCAGACUGUUGCUGAGAAGAAGAGGUCUGCCAAGAGUGAGGCCCAACGAUCGUCUCUUCGUCUGCUCGUCGACUACCUUUCCCAUGUCAAGUUGAACCACGCCCUCAACCGAAACCUGUCCCUCAUAGUGGGCAUGCGUGACGGUGACCGUGUUGUUAAACCGGAGGAGUUUGUUCGUGUCUACGAUAUCCUCUUGCAGCAUAUCUCUGAUUUGGGGGAAGUCCCUGGUUUGGCCGAGGACCACGCCUCCCAAAAACAGAACACUGCUCGGGUAUUUGCCUUCAAGGCCCAUCGUUGCUUCCAUCUGGCCGAGUCUUACGUGGUAAUGAAGAAAUGGCCCGAGGCCAUUGCUCUGUUUGAUCGUGCCUCAGAUCAUGUAAUCCAGGCUAUAGAGCAGUACAGAGUCCUGGAGCACAGCGGAGUGGAAGCAACAAAGAUUGAUAAGUCAAUACCAGACCUGCAUAAGCUCCAGGCAACAAUCCGUGGUAAAAAGUGUGAGGUUCAUGUGACCAGUAUCGUGGAAGAGCAGCACUUGGAGGAGAAAAUGGCCGACAUGUCCCUCGCUAGCAAGCCCCUCACUGAGCGACUGGAUCAGUUCGUGCUCCUCCCACCCUCUCACAAGCCGAUACUGGCACCCCUCCCCCCUGACUAUCAACCAAUCCCAGCCAAGCCUCUCUUCUUUGAUCUCGCUCUUAAUCACAUUGAACCGCCAUCGUUGGAGCACAAGGUGGAGAAGAAGCCAUCAGGGUUCACUGGCUUCGUGAAAGGACUCCUUUGGGGAAACUCCUGAUCUAUGAACACUAUAGCUAGUUACAGUUAAUUAUAACAAUUAGCAAUUAUUUGUACAACUGAGUCAUUAGGUAUACAUUCUAUUUUGUGAGAAUAAAAAUAUUUGUGAUGUUGAGCAAUAUGAAAACAUG